ACUUAAAAAGUUAACAUAUGGUUUCUGGUGUAGAAUGGCCUCUGUUUCCUUUCUUCUUUAUUUCUGAUCUUAAUUUUCUCUCACCUCGUGACAGGAGAACUAGGUUUUAAUUUAGAGUAAAGAGAUUAUUCUUGGAAUCUUGGAAUGGCUUCUGUCUUUCUGUUUGUUUUCUUUUUUCUCUCCCACCUUGUGUUGAUUUAUUCGGCUGAAGAAGGGACAUACUCCCCAGGCUGUCCACCCUUUGUUUGCGGAAAAGUCGGCAACAUUCGUUUUCCAUUCGCCAAUGACGAAAGGCCAGAAUGCGGUUUGGUCAUCUUAUAUGAUUGCGGAGAUCCACAUCAAAUGAAAACCCCGAAGAUCAAACUGGAGAGGAAUGGAACACUACUGUCGUACGAUGUUGAAACCAUCUCUCGGGCUGAUAUGAUACAAAUCAAGGACCCACAAUUGCAGUCUGUGUUGGAUUCCAAUAGUUGCGAAUCCUUAAAAAAUUGGACUCUUCCAAGUCCCAGCUCUCCAUUCAUCUCUUUUCAACGAGUCCAAGGCAACCUGACCCUGUUCAAAUGCAACCGCGCUCUCAAUAUUCCUUCCCCUACAGGUUUUAAUAGAACAAAUUGCAGUAACUAUGACAUCUAUUAUAGUCCUCUACAUUAUAAUUUAACCCUCGCUCCACCUAAAUGUCCAAUCAUUCAGCUCCCAUUGAACUGGCAAUAUAAAGGUAAUGACCUGUUUAGAUUGUUAUCUGCCGAGAUUUUGCUUGAAGUGCAUGUGACUGAAGAUUGUCGCCAGUGUUAUAUCGAAGGAGGUCAAUGUAAGACUGACAACAAAGGAAAAUAUUAUUGUACCAAAGGUACGAAAGUUAUGGGUAUAGGAGUAAUGCAAAAAUGUUUGGAUAAACACUGACAUAUAUUCAUGAAAAAGCACACCAAUUUCUUUAUA